AAUCAAGACAACCGAUCUCCAUURACCCAUUCUAGCAACGACGCGCUUGCMAAAGUAUUAUGAUCGGGAAAAAUCGUUCUCUCGCCGCGCUAUUUGUUGCCUUGCAAACCGCCUCGACCACGGAUGCGUUCACCCCUCGGGCUUUGUCGUYAGCAUCUCCGUCAACUUCUGGGWUUUCUGCUCUGCAACCGUCGACUGUUCGACUCUUCUCGUCCCUAGACGAUGACGAACUCUACAAGAUGCUUGGAAAGCGAAGCGGGAUCCGAAGGAAAAGCAAGGAGGAACUCCCUAGCGAGGAUGCUGUUGAUGACGACGAUUUUGCAAACGACCUCCUUGAUGAUUUCGACCUGGACUCGGACUUCGUUCCCGAUUUCAAAACAACUCGAAAGAAGCGAAAGCCUAAAAAGAAGGACAAGGACGAAGACAAUGAUAAGCCAACAAGCAGCAGGAAUGACGAUGCGGGAUUCGAUUAUCUCGCCGACUAUGACGACGAGAAUGAUCUUCAUAUACCCAAUCGUCUCGGUGUAUCAACGAGAUGCUGGGGAGAACAAAAGGAAGGUUUUGUCCCAUCGGGUAAGCUAAAGAAGAAACAGCUUCGCGAAGGAAAAUUUGUUCCGGGUGAUUUGCAGGUUGCAUACAACAAGCUGUUAGAGGAGGGAAUUUUCCUCUUUGAAACAUCGCCUGCCUACGGAAAAAGUAUGGCAAAAAUGGAUCUGUCAUCCGAAGCAAUUCUUUCGAAAUUGAUCAAAGAAAACCAAGAAAGCGAAAUUCCUCCAUUGCUAGUUUCUACAUACGACAAUCAGAUAUGGGAGCGUACCAAAGGUGGAUUGAUUUCGGGACUAUCGGCGUCCUGCGAAACACUCGACCAGCCAGUAGUUGAUGUUUAUCAAGCCAAAAACAUCGGAUGGUUGCCAUCUGGUGGUAUUAUCAAGGGGAUGGCAGAUGCAGUCAUAGACGAAGGAACAGCAAACUUUGUUGGUGUUCAAAAUGUGUCCCCACUUCGAAUGCGUCGUUUGAACCAAAAACUGGAUUCAGUUGGRUUGUCGAUCACCACUAAUUGCUUCGAAUUUUCUUUGACUAACCGAAAAAAAGAGAAAUGGAUCGAAUCUUGCAAAGCACAGGGAGUAGUUCCACURAUCCGAAAUCCUGAWGGAUCUGGAUUGGCAUCCGCGCAGUACACCGCAUCAAAUCCAUCUGGUGGAGUGGCAUCGGCCGGGUCAAAAUAUUCGUUCAAAACUUUAGAAAAAUAUCAACCACUUCACAGUAUGCUAGAGAGCGUCGCGGAACGAGUAAGGACGAGAUUGCUCCGCGAGGGACGGAAACUAAAGGGUCGGACGAAGGGACCCGAGGUCAGUGCUGUCGUUGUGUGGAUUAUCUUCUGGAUUUAUGUUUUUUUUUAGAUUCUAUCUCACGAAAUUAUUUCAAUUUUUAAUSGCGCAAUAGAAAAAGGUGAACACAGAUAUUACAACAGCUCAAGUUGCACUGAACUACGUAGUUGCUAAAGGGGCAGUUCCGUUGGCGGAAGUUAAUAGCCCGAAAGAUGCCGAGCAAUUGGCUGGUUGUGUUGGCUGGUCACUUACCGACGAAGAGGUAUCCAUGUUGGAGUCAGCAGCAGAGUUGUGUUCUUGAGUCCAGAAAAUUAUAAUUAAGAUAUAAUUAAAUU